AUGCACAAGACAGACCCAGCAUCGACAUGGAACAUCAAUUAUUUAUCCACUGUGAAUCAUACCUCAUUAUCAUAUGCCGCCGGUGCAAGCACGCUGUGCCAGCAGGAUCCCCAGUGCCAGUAUUUGGCAGGGAACAUGAACACCAUACGCAAGCACUGGCAGAACAAGCACAGCUGGUCGCCAUAUCCCAGCCGUGGCCGUACAGCGCCACAAAAGCGUACGGCAGCACAGGAUGAGGUGGACAGAUCAUGCCAGAAGGUGCAGUUCCAGCAGAUAUUUGCAUCGCGCAAGGGCUCCCACUACAUACAGAUCCAGACUAAGGAGACUACUGAGCACACCGGCACGCCAGACCAGAACAGAGCCAGCCAUGUCAUUGAUGAGCUGGAGCGGUUUUACCGGGAACAGCAACGGCAGACCAGCAAUGUCAUCCAGGCCGGGGAGCACGAUGAAGCCAACCCAUGGCUGCGGCGGACCAGAUGGCCGGUGUACUUGACCAACAUCGCACCCAAUGAUCUGGUCAACUGCGUCCAGCGGCCCGACGAUGACACCACGUGCCCAGAUGAACUGGCCGCGAGGGCCAUCUGGGAGGCCAUGGGGCAGGUUGCCCGUACCAGCCAGCGAGUCAUCACACGGCUGGGCCACUUCGUCCGCAUCGAGGCCAUCCGCACAGAGCGACACCAGACCCGGCACACCCCGUUGCAGGCAUACAUGGAUGAGGAGAGCAUCGCCGAGCACGUGAGGCCAUGGCAGCAGAUGUUGAUGUUUUUCGCCCGAACGCAGGUCGAGCAUGAAUGGACGAGCCCACAGUACCGGUUCACACCACGGCAGCGCAAGACAUGGAGGGUAUUAUGGCAGGUAGCCACCACAGAGGGAGCCGACCAGCGACACCCCAUCAGCCCAGACCCCAUGGAUGAGCAGAUGACUGAGGAAGAAGAAGAGGAGGAGGAGAAGGGACAGAGAGAUACGCAGUCAGAAGAAGAAGAUAAGUUCAAAUCAACCAAGAUCCAGAUGGCAUGUUUGGAUUUUUGCAUUGAGCUGCUGGACCAGCGGGUUCAGGUGGAGGAUUAUGAGUGCGCGCUGGUAGACGCGUUGGCGGUGCUGGGACGGGGGGAGUAUGGAUGGCGCGACGCGGAGAGCUACCCACCAAUAUUGUCACGGAUCAUCUAG